UCACAUUAUCACACAGCAAGGCCCACAAGCAGGCUUGUACGGCCGCAUGGUCUCUCUGUACUUCUCCAUGAUCUCUCUGAUCUCGGCUUUCUUCUCCCUGUUCCAAGUGUUAACCGCCGCCAUGUCCCAGGGCGUCUGCCCCUGUUGUCAUGAGAUGAGAUGAGCACACCACUCAGCCCAUCGAUGGUGUGAAUGUCUGUGGGCACUCACGUAUGGGCCUUUGAUGUCCAGCAGCGCACCGCCGCCCCACUCGAGCCUUUGAGAAUGACACACAAGCAGAGAGAGAGUGGAUGUGGAUGAGAAGUUAGCGUCAGUCAGUCUGUGUCGCCCACAGCUGAGACACAGCCGCAGAGUGGCCAUUGCCUGCAGCCUUAUGGAGUGCCGUGUAUCCGAUCUGUGUGUGUCAUGCACACAGUGAAAGGCAGUCAAUCAGAUGAGAGAAGACUGUGUUGUCUCACAUUGUCGGUCUGUGUCAGCAGGUCCUUUCGUUUGGCAUACAUGGCCUCCAUCACACCGACAUGACCCUCCCAGGCAGCCCUUAUGAAUGGCGUGGUGCCAAGCUGCAAUCAACAUACACAGACACGCACACACACUGAGGCGUCAGAGACAUGUGUGUGCUCUCUUACAUUGUUGCGUGCAUGGAUCAGUUUGGGAUCCCACGCCAGCAGCUUAUUGACCACCGCAACAUGGCCCUGCUGGGCAGCCAAGUGCAGGGCAGUGUCAGCAUCCUAUUGCAUUGCAUCACACCCAACACACAUUUUCUCCUCAUGACCAGCAGCCCAGAAGAUGCUUAGGUUGGUACCGGGCCUGUUUGCUGCAGGAUGGACCCGUCCAUCUCGUACAGAAACUUCAUCGCUUCAAUUUUACCAAAGUACGCAGCAAGGUGGAGUGCCGUCCAGCCGUCCUGUGUGUGUCAUGCAUACAAAGAAAGGCAAUCAAUCAGAUGAGAGAAGACUGUGUUGUCUUACCUCCCUCGUCUGUGUGAGCAGGUCGUUUCGUUUGGCAUACAGGACCUCCAACACAUCGGCCUGACCAUUGAUGGCAGCCACCAUGAAUGCCGUGGUGCCAUUUUGCAAUGAACACACGCACACACACAAGUGACACACUGAGGCGUCAGAGACAUGUGUGUGUUCUGUUACCCAGGUGUGUGCAUCGAUCAGUUUGGGAUCCCACUCCAGCAGCUUGUUGACAGCCGCAACAUGGCCACUCCCGGCAGCACGGUGCAGGGCAUUCGAACCAUACUGCAUUUCAUCACAGCAACACACAUCUCUUCACCAGCAGCAACAAAGAUGGUUUGUCUGUGUCAGUACCUUGGUCUCUGUUUGUUUCAGUACGUCAGGUUUGCUCUCAUACAUGACCGACAUGACGCCCACCUGACACUUCUGUGCAGCCAACAAGAAGGGCGUGAUCUACGCGCAGGAGCGAGAACACACAGACAGACCACUGAGUGCAUUUCUGCCAUCUUCAAAGUUGCAUACCUCAUAAUCGUCUCGUUUGUCGAGUAUGUCCUUUCCCUCCUUGUUGAUGAGCAAACGAACGGCCUCGACGGCCUCAUCGCCGGCGUUGACGGCAUCGAAGAUGUCAGUCUGACACACAGCCAGCACAAGAACAGCGGCCCAUUGACGUGUGAGAUUCUGCUGCUGUCUCCCUGACGUGUUUGAUCUGCGGCUGUGGGGCGCUCGGCGGUGUCUUCACUGACGGCUGCUGGGUAGGGAACGCUGCAACACACAAACCAUGGAUGACCAAUCGUAUCUCUCUCUGUGUGUUGUGUUCGUGCCUUCCACACGGACCUGUUUGCUCUUCCGCAACCGCAAGUUUGAUCUGUGCGGGAGAGACCGUGCUGGGCGGCCCCGUUGUGGUGCUCGCCAUGCUCAUGUGAACACCCGAUGUGUGGCCGACGAGAGACACGUUGGCCGGAGGAUGCGAGGCAGCCUCUGCAGAGCACAAUGAGGCACAAUAACAAGCGCCUAUCCAAUCGACCUUGUCGGGUGGAUCUUCCAAAAAGCCACCCCAGCGGACCCGUACCAGGUUUCGUAACCACUCUUUCCUUUUCUGAUUCCAGAUGAGGAGGGGAGGGAGUCGGAGGAGGCGAGAUCCCCAGUUCGUCGAGAACCUGCCAUCAAGACGCGUCAAGCGUGUGCGCCUUCCUCUAUUUGCCGUCUCUAGAGCUACAUGCAUCACAUGUUUGGCUGUCGGACGGUCACUCGCUUUGUAUGCGAAGCAACUCUGAUCCAGGCAAAGGGGAAAAAAAAAAAAUAAUAAUUGGUACUGUAUGGGGCCUCUCUGUCUUGUCUAUCGGUUUGCCUUGAUGGCAUUCUUAAUGUGCGGCGGCAGAGAUGCCGGGAUGUCAGGAAUCUGACACCAAGGGAGGGAGACACGAGUGAAUGAAUAAGACUGGGGUGACGGCACAGUACCUCUUUUUUGUCGACGACCUUUCGACUGAUCUGCAGGAUACCUUGGCCCUCAAACGGCGGUCGACCUGCAGAUUAUGCCUCUUGUCUCACAUUGUGUCUCGCCUAUUGUUGGAGCUGCUGCUCACCUCCGUGAAUCUGGCCCAGUACUGGAGACGCACACAUACACAGACAGACAGCACAGAGGCGACGAACUACUGCUUUAGCAUGUCUCUUGUGUGUAUGAAAUUGCUUACUGCCGCCCAAAGCCCAUAUGUCCGCCUUGGCACUCAGCUUGUCCACUGAGCGACAUAACAGUAAGGCCCUCUAGUAGCAUUGUCUCGCUUUGCUUACAGUCUACGUCGAAGCCCUCGGGAGGCAUAAAGUUGGGAGUCCCGCCAACUGCAGCACAUGAGUCAUUUCUGCUCUUGUGAGCCGCACUGUGAAAGAUCUAUCUGCGUGUGACUACCGGCAGUCAGCGUUGUUUUUCUAUCAGAGCUGCGGAUCAUGCCGAAGUCAGAAAUCUUGAUGUUGUGGCCUUCGUCCAGCUGACAGCACAAGCGGGACAACAACAAGAGUUCUGAAACUCUGAUGGGAGGAUCACUACCGUGACCGACCAGUAUGUUCUCAGGUUUCAGGUCUCUGUGGACGACUUGGUUGUCAUGCAAAUACUGCACACCCUCACAUAUCUGUGAGCGAAACACACACACAUAGACAGGGGCACACACAAAUAAUAUAGACUCAUAUAUAUAUUAUAGAGACGUGAGAGACCUCUGCAUGUAUGCUCCUUUCGACCUGUUUGGCGAAUCUGUCGCGCACAUCGGGCGGCAGCGGUCUGUUCUUGGCCAGGUAGGACGCCAGAGAGCCGCCCUCGCACAACUCUGAUGAGAAUGACGAGCAGACACAAGAAAGGACAAGGCGGAUGGACGAAAAUGCAAGAGAAACUGGCUACCUAUGACGAUCAUGAGGCCGUGCUUGUCGUCUCUGCAUAUGCCCAGCAGCUGCACUAUGUUGGGGUGUCGCAGCUGGAUCAUCGGGAGGGCCUCCUUGAGCACCUCCAUGAACUGCGA